AUGAGUAAUUAUAAUACAGUACUUUAACUUACUAACUAUAGUCCGUGAGCAGUAGGUCACUGAUCUCGGGAAUGGUAAUUUUCCCCCAAUCAGUGAGAAGAAAGUGUAAGCCAUACGCAAACGUUUGACUCGAUGCUUUAAACAGCCUGCCUGAUCCUAAUCAAUUCCUAUACAGCUUACCAUUAGCCUCUGACAAUGUCUCACUGACUCACUGUGUAUGCAGUAUCACUUCAUCGUCCGUGUGACGUCAUGCGCGAGCAGGAGUUGAAGCAGAAGGCAGGGAAAAGCUAAGUGGUCAAAGGAAGUUGGGCUCUCCUCCCACCCUCCCUUUCUCCCGCCCUCUUACUCUAAUACAUCUCAUACAUAUUACCAAACCUUUAAUCUGACGGUACACAUCACAAAGUCAGGCACCAAGGCUCCGGGCUGAUAUUUCCCAGCUCAACUUGAACUUUUUAAGCUAUAUGCAGCAGAGUACGGGUGUAGAUAGGAGCCUGCCGUACGCACAGGGUUUCACCAUUAGUUGGUACCAACUUUCCGUGGCGCCGAGAGACCAGGAACCGGCUUGAGUAUCUUCUCUGGCUGCAUCCAUCUCGUCAAUCAACAGUAAAACGAAAUCUGGAUUCUAUUUGCUGGAAAACAAGAGAAGCGACUUGGACAUAACAGCAGAAGCAAAUAAAGAAACAACAGCAGAAGUUAACCACCAUAAAUCGGAUGUUAAAUUGAUGCUUUAAUUUGAUAAAAGUUAAAAGGGUUAGACUCCCCUGGGCCUGAAAAGUUUCACUUUUGGACGCAGUUUUCUUGGAGUAGAAGUCUUCUUCAAUAUGAGCAAGCCUGCUGGUUCAACAAGUGGUUGUUUGGAUAUUUUAAAUGUCAAAUCCAGUCGGAUUUUGGACAUUCCGUGUAAAGUGUGUGGAGACCGAAGCUCUGGAAAGCACUACGGCGUUUACGCGUGCGAUGGCUGCUCGGGAUUUUUCAAGAGGAGCAUAAGAAGAAACAGAACGUAUGUCUGCAAAUCUGGCACACAGGGCGGCUGUCCAGUAGACAAAACACACAGAAAUCAGUGUCGCGCCUGUCGCUUAAAAAAGUGUUUAGAAGUUAAUAUGAAUAAAGAUGCCGUGCAGCACGAGAGAGGACCGAGGACGUCCACCAUUAGGAAGCAGGUGGCACUGUAUUUCCGAGGGCAUAAGGAGAUGAACGGUUCGUCAACCCAUUUUCCAUCUACGUCUAUCCCGGGGCCGCCUUUUUUCACUACAGUUACUCAACUGGAGCCCCACAAUAUGGAGUUAAACACGGUCGCAAGUACACCGGAGCGGCAGGCCAUUGUGGGACUCGCCCAGCCCACACCAAAGUAUCCCCAUGAAGUUAAUGGCACUCCUAUGUACCUGUAUGAAGUGGCGACCGAGUCUGUGUGCGAGUCAGCCGCGCGUCUGCUUUUCAUGAGCAUUAAAUGGGCCAAAAGUGUUCCGGCUUUCUCCACUCUCCCUUUACCUGACCAGUUGAUCCUUUUAGAAGACGCCUGGAGGGAACUAUUCGUCUUGGGCAUUGCGCAGUGGGCCAUUCCGGUGGACUCCAGCACUCUCCUAGCGGUUUCAGGAAUGAACACAGAUAACACAGAUUCGCAGAGGCUAAACAAGAUCAUCUCAGAGAUCCAGGCCUUGCAGGAGGUAGUGACGCGUUUCAGACAGCUCAGACUAGACGCGACGGAGUUUGCGUGUCUAAAGUGCAUCGUCACCUUCAAAGCAGUACCAACACACAGUGGAUCGGAAAUAAGGAGCUUUCGCAACGCCAGUGCCAUUGCAGCACUUCAGGACGAGGCUCAGCUCACUCUGAACAGCUACAUCCACACCAGGUACCCGACUCAGCCGUGUCGCUUUGGGAAACUGCUGUUGCUAUUGCCCGCUCUGCGUUCAGUCAGUCCGUCCACCAUCGAGGAAGUGUUCUUCAAAAAAACGAUCGGAAACGUGCCCAUCACACGACUACUCUCCGACAUGUACAAAUCAAGUGAUAUAUGAGCUACCGACGACAAAAGACUGAAAUACAAAAAUGCAACGUUUGUAUUUUUGACCUCGACAUUCGCACGGACGCUGGGACGCUGUGGAUGAUAGCUGACGUCAUAAUGUGAGACUUCACGCACUUGUUUGAAGAACAACGCUCUACCAAUGUCAAGAUGUUAUUACGCAGGGAAAAUAAAAAGACUGAAUUCAAUUCACUGCGUAGAAAACAGGAACGUUUAACAGAAUUCUAAACAGUAAUUUUUCUAAUUGACUUACUUUUAAUCUAUUUAAACUCGUUUACGAAAGUAAUUUAACAAACGUAAUCUGUUUUUGUUCUAUGAAGAUUAAACACAAAGGUAUAGUUUUUGUAGUCAUAUAUUUGAAUGGAGUGUCUGUGAGGUUAUGUACAAUCAGUCGUUACGAUGGAACGUUUCAUUGUUCAACGCUUCAUAAUGUUUUGUUCAUACAAAAACUUUAAAGGAAACCAAAAAGAAACCAGUUUGUAUUGCAGAGAAGUCGCUGUCCCUUUGAAUAGUGCUGAAAACCAAAAGCCUAUAAAGUCAAAACUGUUAUAAAAGCAAUUUAAGAUUAUGCUUCAAGAUUCACCUUCCAGCAGAAGUUAUAACUCUGAUAUCAAAAUAAAACACAUACGAACCCGUUAAAUCGAAAUCUUUGGGUUUACCUGAAAUGUAGACACGCAGGUGUGUGAAAGUGGAAGGCUGGAACUGGCAUAUAAUUGCCUAUAGCCUACAGGUGACUGAGAGGCCACAGGCAGGUCACCGACAGGGCAAUAAAAAAACUGGAAUACUUCGUUUGUUUGGCAUUGUGGUUUUUCUGUGCCCACUCUGAAAAUGUAAUUUAAUCGAUGUUUAAAAGUUUCUGCUUAAUGUAUCAGAGGCAUCCAUUUAAAACUUUUUUUAGGAGUUAAUAGCCCUGGAAGAGACCCAAUCAGCACUUGUUGUUUUCCUUUUUUGUAGUUUGUAAAUAGCCUACAUUUCUCGUUGUACAGUGAUGAUUUUUGUGAAUGUUGUUGUAAAAUAUUAGAAUAAAUAUUAAAUAUCGAUCACUUCGUCAAAGACUGCAAAUGUCUCCUUCGGUGCAGGGUUUUGGGGUUACAAGGCUUUCACCUACAACAAAAAAGGGUCCAUUUCACCCUAAACGGGGUU